ACUGUACCUACCUACCUAAAAAAUAAAUAAACGAGAAACAAUCAAAUGUUACGUAUGUGUAUAAUUUGUAAAUGUUCUGGUGUGUCAGUGGGUGAAUUUUUUCAAAAUGGUUGUUACUAAAUUGGGAACAAUAAAUCGACCGACAGUCAGAAAGCCGCAUUUUCAACCCUCUUCAACAAGACUAGUCACGUCUCGCAUCGCAGAACUUCCCUCAUUACGUUAUGGUACUAUUGGUUCCAGCAAAGAGGUGUUAGGACCUCUGAGGGUGCAAGACACAUGUAAUUUUGAAGACAAGAAGAAGUCUCAAUCGUCGCGAAAAAUAAAUACUGCAUCAUCAGGUAAACCACGUGGACAUUUUCGAGAGCCGCAUUUUCAACCCUCUUCAACAAGACUAGUCACGUCUCGCAUCGCAGAACUUCCCUCAUUACGUUAUGGUACUAUUGGUUCCAGCAAAGAGGUGUUAGGACCUCUGAGGGUGCAAGACACAUGUAAUUUUGAAGACAAGAAGAAGUCUCAAUCGUCGCGAAAAAUAAAUACUGCAUCAUCAGGUAAACCACCACGCAGCGUCCGCUUCAUCCUGCCACCGUCGUCGACGUCGUCAUCGUCGUCGGCAGACAGUUGUGUCUCAAUUGGAAAAGGCGACGCUCGCGACGCCGGGGACGCCACUGUAGUUCGAAACGACAGAAGGCAAACUUCCACCGACGACGCGCCGCGUUUCAAACGCAACAGAUGCUCGUGCAACUUUGAGUUGUGUGGAAGUAGACGACGCUCGCUUUGCAUCAAUUGUUGCAACAGUGCCGCGGAUAAAUCUUCACCGAAACCACGAACGUUCGAUGAAUUGGUGUCUUGUUACAAACCAGCCGAUACCAAGUGGCUUUUGAAAGAGCGCAACAGCGAAGAAUUCCCGAAACUCAAUUGGGACUCACCUGUGGUGUAUUCGCGACCUCCUCGAACACGUGUUACUCCAAUUCCGGUCAAAAGAUCCAACUUUUUUAAUACCGGCAGCAGUGGCGUUAAAAGCGCAUCAUUAACAACUGUUCCGGAGUGUAAAGGACUCGCUGCAAGGACUAGCAAUUUUAAUAGUUGUUCGAAAUCAAAAAAUUCAUCCACUUCUUGCCUUAGUAAUUCAAUUUGCGGAUCGCGGAAUUAUACUCGUUUUCCGAGCGAUAUUCCUGUAAAUAGAAGUUGUCAGGGUGAUACAAGGACUACUAAAAGGACUAAAAGCGGCCUAGAGGUUGUUAAUACAGAAAGCAGAUAUAUUACGAAACUCAGUGCUCCCGUUCUUGUGUCUGUAUCACCAGCCGAUGGUAGGAGGGUGCACCCUACAGGGUUUUAUAUAAGGGGAACGCUGUCACCAACCACGAGCGCGGGGGCGCCCGUGGCUGCGCCCCCGCCAGGGGGUCAAGCUUUACUACAAGCUGCCCGUGAUGGAGACGACGAUGCUCUACACGACAUCCUCAAAAGGGCGGCUAUGGUAGGCAUACCGCCAGCUGAAUUAAAUGCACCCGAUAAUAGCGGAAGGACUGCUCUGAGUUAUAUCGUCUCCAAUGGUCCAGUGGAUUUAUUGCAACAAAUCCUUCAAUUGCCCGGAUUGAAUCCCAAUCAGCCAGACAACGAGGGUAAUACGCCAUUACAUUUCGCUGCGCAAGCUGGUCAAACGGAAUGUAUGAACGUCCUACUUACCCGAUGUAAAAAGGUAAUUGAGAUCGAUGCAAGAAACAAUUUAGGUUUCACACCUUUAAUGAAAGCCGCUCUGCAAGGACGAAGUAGAUGUGCCAAGUUACUUUUACUUUCAGGUGCAAAUCCAACGCUAAGAGACCACGGCAGAGGCUUUAGAGCCGACCAAUGGGCCAGGUUUUGUGGAAGAUACCUUUGUGCAGAUGUUAUAGAAAAACAUGCAAGGCAAAGACUGCUCGAGAAAUCUACGUCUUACGGGAACUGGGGUGGAGAAAAUGAAACUGGACCUACACUGGUUUUAACGAAACCAGUUCAAACACCAACACCUCAACAACAUGGCUUGAGACAUAAGCUCCGAAAAGUGUUUAGAACGUCUUCCAAUACUUCGGUUACGAGCCAAAGGCUGAUAACGCAGUUGACGUCAGCAGCCCUCUGUGCAAGCACGCCAGUUCUACCAACAGCCCCUAAAAUUCCCCCAGUCGUAAAAUCUCUGAUAAGACCACUUACAGUUCCUCAACUUCAGAUUACUUUAGUUAGUAAUAAUAACGAUGAAUAUACCGAUAGUAAUAAUAAAGACUCGGAUGAUGCUGAAGUGACCAAAAACAAUUUUGACGAUAAAGUGAGAUUGGAAAUGAUCGAAGAGGCGAGUGCAAUGAGCAAGUAUUAAAUAAAUAAAUUAUUAAAUUAUAUUAUGUAAAUUAAGUCAGUGAUCAUCUUGUAUUAGUGGUGCUUUCGAAAAGAUUUCAUGUGAUAAACUUGUAUUUAGGAAACUUUCGGGCGGCCUCUCUUUUAUACACCGAAUGACCAUUAGGUACUUAAUUGUUUGUCUUAUUAAUAAUUUACGGUAAGUAACUUAUUUUUUAAUUUUUAAACAAACUAUUCUAGUGUAAGAUACUAUAUCUAUGCAGUGGUGCUUUAUCAUAACUAAUAUUCGUCAUGUGUCCAAUAAGUAAAAUAAAAUUUGCAAUAAAUAUAGUAAUAUUAAAUACCCAUUUUUUAAAUAAAUUAAAUGUAUCCGAUUUUAUUGUAAGCCUUCAUAUUAUUGUAAAGUAGAACUGAUAAACUCUUGUAAAAUUUACAUGUUUUCCUUUUAGUGAUUUUUAUAGAUUUUAAAGCACAAUAAGUACCUAUCAGUUAGAAAUGUUGAAUUAUGAAUUAUUUUAUUAUUUCUUGUAAAACAGAAUAAAAUGUUUUAAUAAAACUGUCUUU